AAUAAUAAUAAUAAUAAUAAUAAUAAUAAUAAUAAUAAUAAUAAUAAUAAUAAUGGGGAAAUUGAUUAUGCAAUGACGUGUCAAUUGAUUGGCAAACUCGCCUCCAAAGCCCGCCGUACUUGUGCCGCUGCACUUCUCAAGGAAUCUCCAUAUCUUAACACAGAUGACACCGCAGCUUUACACGGUAUGAUGGAUGCUCUUCUCGCCGUCACUCAACACGCCCUCGCCACUCGACCACCCGCCGCCGCACGUCAACCCAUUUCUAAAUUAUUACACUUCGCGAAAUGGUGUGAUUCUUAUACAUUGUUGAGUGCCCAUCACAAUGAAAUUAUUAACGCUUUAGAAACUCAAGCCACACGUGAUUUGGGGGCCCAAGCCACACAAUUGGAAACUGUGUUAUUAUUAAAAGCCCUUACACCAGGAGAUGAGGCCGCCGCACGAGAAGCGAUGGAUCGUAUUUGGCAAGAAAGUGAAGGUCGAUUUGAACCCUGCAGUGCAGAUGUACUUUCAUCUAUUGCGGUGGUGGCCUCUGCGAAUGGCAUCAGUGAUGUUUUUCGGGCAAAAGUAGCGGAACGACUUGUGAAGACGCAACAACAACAACAACGAGCACAAACAAGAGGAGGUGUGGCGGUGCAACUCCCCCGGCGGGCGUUGAAUUUUGUGAAUGCGCAGUACUCACGAGAAAAGCAGGAAUCUAUCCGACGUAUGCUCGCUGCGCAGAAGGAGAGGGGGGAAUAA